AUGUUAUAGAAGUGUGAUGGAAAUGAUGUCAUCACACACGAUUCUGUUGAUCCAACCGAUAGCGCGCAUAGAAUCACGUACGUGGUCCGACUAUGAAACAACUACCGAUUGUAUGGAAGGAAUAUGUAAAAUUUUUGAGGAACAUUUGAAGAAAUUAAACCCAAAUUCGGCAUCCAUCACUUACGAUGUGCAGAAUUUAUUUGAAUUCAUCGAUCGUUUAGCCGAUUUGUCAUGUUUGGUAUGGGAAAAUACAAUGAAAGCCUAUGCACCACAUAACAAAGAUUGGAUCAAGGAACAAAUUUAUACCUUAUUACGAAAACAAGCUGCUAAAUAAUUAAGUUGCUGGUAUCAUGUUGUAUAUCUAAAAACCUGCCCCCAAGUUUUUUGCACUUCAUCCACUUUCUGUUUCCUCCUGUUUGUUACUAAUUGUUUUUGAUUAAAAUAUAUGUUGUUGGGCGAUUAAAGAUUAAAGACA